UUUUUUUUUUGCAAACUCUCCUCUCUCGUUCUCUCGUUCUCUCGUUCUCUCGUUCUCUCUUCUCUCUUCUCUCUUUAUAAAUCCUAGAAAUAUUUGUUGAUGUGUAAUCGAGUGAAUCAAUCCUAAAUCCCAUUAUUAGUUACCGAUUCACUAUGAAAAACAACUCCAUAUUCUCAAUUUCACUCAAUUUCAAGUCAGAUUCGUGAUGGAGAAAGAAGAUAGAUUAGGGGGAGUUGUAGAACAGAAUAAAAAAAAGAUGAGUUUCAGGGAUAAUGGGUUCUUCUUCGGCUUCAAAUUCGAUGCCACCAAUUAUUGAACCAAUCGAAUUCUGAUAAUCUUGUUCUUGGUCGAACCCAUCCAUGGCAAUCCUCGGGGAAACUGAAAGAGAGAUAGAGAGACGAAGGAGAAAGCGGGAAAGAAUUGGCUCCAUCUCUGUUCUUGCUUGUGUCUUGCCCAUCCAUGGCAAUCCUUGGAACGCAAACUCCCUCCUCUGCUUCCACUGUCUUGCUGUGUCCUCCUAUCAGGAGAGCGACGCGUUUUGGCACUCCUUGUACUACAUCCAUCAUCAUCACGAGAAGUGCGGAUACUUCCUUUCUUUACAUGGGGAGACUUUUAGAAGGCUUUGGCGUUGGAAUCAUCUCUUACACUGUAAUUCUGAACUCGUCUGGUCACCAUCAUCUAACAUCGACUUUAUCCAAUCCUCUCUACACAGGCAAACAAACCACACCGAUUCAACCUCACGUGAAGAUCACACUUUCAUUGUAAUAACAAGAUACACAUUGUAAUUUAUUUUAUGUUAACCAAAGUGUGAUCGAGUGAAGAUCACGUGAGGUUGAAUCAAGCUGUUUUUUUAUUCUUCCCUUUCUAUAUUCUAAAAUCAUCUAAAAUUUAUAAUCAAAUCUCA